AACACGGGCCUAGAACGAGCUCAUCUGGCUCUCCACAAUCCCUGCCAGAAUCCCUCAGCACAUAUUGGUGAUUCUUGUUUUUUUGUUUGUGCUGUGACUUUUGUGAGUGUGCCAAAUAGUGGACUGCAGGACUUGACCCAUAAUAAAAAGAAAAAGAAGAAGAAAAUGCAAAUUGUCAACGCAUUGAGACUCGUGAGCCUUUUGGGUCUGGUCAGUGUCUACGGUUACAGCCACCCGCAACAGCCGCUGCUGAGAAACGUCAUUAAAGUGAGGGCCAGCGGUUUCAUGCCUUUCGAAUCAGAUUUACUGCUGCCGCUGGGUAUCCUUAGGCAGCUUCAGGGCAUGGCUCGCGCCUCGCGCUUCAUCGGUCACCGGCCUAAAGGCAAGUCGCAACCCAAGCCCAAGAAGCAACAGCAAGUGCGCCUGGAACGGGUCCAUCCUAUGGGAAGCAAUCAACAGCAUCCCGGCACACAUAUGUUCAAUCUAAUCGACGAAGAUGGCGAGCUGCUGCUCAAUCUGAGGGUCCACAACGAGCAGCAGCAGCUCAGUGACCAGGGCAAUCUUCCUGUCAGUCAUAAAGCAAUCAUUCCAGGCAAUCCCCCGCUGGAGGAUCCAUCCCCCUAUGACUCGCCUUGGCUGCCAUCCAAGUGGCGACCAAUGACAGCCAGUAGACCUCCUUCCUCGCCACGAACUUUGCCCCUUUACCAGUACCUACGAGGCAGCGGCAGCGGCAGCGGCAGCGGCAGCAGCGGGAAUCGCCUCGAGCAAGACACGGCCAAGCGAAGACGGCACGAUUGGCCCCACAAGUAAGGCUCGGAUCUAGAUCGAGCCCCAAAUGAAGCAAACAGAGUGCGCACACAACCUAAUUUAUUCCAUUUAUAGAUAUAACACACUAAAACACCCAAAGCAAAAACUCAUACGAGCAUUCAGACAGAUACAAUAUACAUCAACAACCUUUAAGAUUCAAAAAUAUACACAUAUACAUAAAUUCACUGCGAUAAACCAAUCUAUGAACUGGUCGUUGAGCUACCGCUAAUUUGGCUUUGAUUAUGGUAAUUUUGGUCGAUUGGUGGAGUUGAAAGUGAAACUAAAACUGAAACUGAAACGAUUCGAAAGUGCCGAGCGUAUGAAGGAAGUCGAAUAAAGAGUGAAUCUAAUUCAACCGUGGAUGAAGAACGUUUACAGUCAUUUCGCGAAAAGAGAAUAACUACCUGAUUGGAGACCACUUGUUCUCCUGAUGUCAGAUGGAUGUAUCAGAAACAGAAAUCAGAAUAAUUAUAAGUUACAGAUGAUUUAUUUUUUCCUCAUGGGAACGGUUUACAACUAAAGUGAGAGGUACAAUGGAUAUUCGUAAAACAGUAAAAAAAUAACAAAUGUGAAGAAAAAAAUGUCUUAAGCUACUUAACAGAGUUUUGCGGGAGGGAGUAGGGAAGGGGAAUCUCGGGACUUACUAUGAC